AUGACCGAGACCGCCAUCCCGAGCCGGGAUGCCUGGGAACACCGCUUUGACGGGAAGCCAAUCUCGCCGAACUCCGCCAUCGCCGAACUCGAUAUCGAACGCAAUGAGUUAGCCCACACAUGGAAACGCUUUAUCAGCCUACUCCUACCACAGGAUCAGGUACAAUGGGAGGAGCGGCCACAGACUGUGGACGACGUAAAAAUACUGCUAGGCAAGAUCAAGUCCUUUUGGCAGUCCCGCCCCCGACAACAGGUGUUCAGCGACUCGAUGGACUUGUGUGACCGACUCCUCCCGACCAUGGAUGCUCACGCGAUCCUUCUUUCUACCCUCCCGGACCCCCUCUCCUAUACCCCUCUAUUUUAUGGAGUCUUGCAAUCAGUGAUCAAGGCGUCGUCUCAUUACCCACGAGUAAUGGAAGGCUUAGCAACCGCUCUGCUAAACAUUUACGAAGCCCUAGGGCUUCCCAGCGAUCCCAGCACCCUUCCCAACGCCGUCGAACAUAUCACAAAAACCUACGCUCUAAUAUUUUUCUUCCUGACCGAGUUUAUGGACUGGUAUGUCCGGCGGUCCACAUGCCAGUUGCUGAAUAUUCACAGCCAAGACGUCUACUCGGAGUUCCACCACUUGGUUAUCUACAUAGAACGUCAAGCACAAAACCUGCCUUGGCUGCACUCGGCGAUGCACGUCGAUGAGGAUGAGGAGGACCCAUACAGCCCUCGGGCACUUUGGGAAGAGUCUCGACUCAGUCAAGUAGGUCUUCGGGAAAAGGAGCGCCGUGUAGCGGCACAAAACACCAUCACACGCCGGCUCAUCUGGGAAAUACAACAAGACGCAGAGGAGCGUGCCCGGUACAGGGAAGGCCGAGAGCGACUGUUGGCAGAGACGUUGAGUUCUGUGCGCGAGCAAUUAGAGCCGAUCAGCGUAAAGAGCAGUGACAUUGUUUGCAUGACCACACCCCCGGCUCCAAAUAUAGACACAUCCUCGUUUGAAUGGUCGAGGGGAUCCAAACGCCGCCUCGCAAGACUGGAAAUUCAAAGUUCAUCGAGACACCUUCAAGACUUCUUUGACAGUGAUGAUCAGAUUUGCGAGUAUGAGCCUGAGGCUAAAGUCGUCACUGAGAGCAGUAUCGUUUCCUCGCUACAACAAUGGGCCACCAGUCCACGGUCUCAAGCCCUCGCCGUGGGCGGAUUCCAGCCGGCCGACUCGCCCAAUCCCGUGGCUCUUAUCUCCGCCUGCUAUGCCUCGUUCGCCCGCCAAGCACGAUUACCCGUGGUCUCUCACUUUUGUGUUCUUCCCAGCCAAGACGUCAAAGGGCUCAAUCGUCACGAGCGAGGAUUGAUCGCUCUCACCUACAGUUUGAUCCGGCAGUUGAUUGACUGGCUUCCUCCGGUAGUUGACAGUGACGCCGUGCUGGAUCUCAGCGCGGAGCGUUUCCGCCAGCUAGACGGCACAUUGACCAGCUGGAAAGCCGCCCUAUCGCUAAUCGACACCCUGUUGCAAUCCGCCCCACCACUCCUAGUCUUUAUCAUCGACGGAAUAGAUGCCAUUGACCACCAGUCUACCGACGGAGCAAUUCGCGAGCUCGUUCGCGUGCUGCUCACUCACACUCGCCGUCAACCCCAAGGUGGUCUCAACGGGCAAGGUCCAACGCUCCUUCUGAAGGUCCUAUUCACUGUUGCCGGGCGACCGAGUGCCCUGGUUGAGACGAUGGCUGAACACCAACACAUCCUCAGUGAUUCCAACCAGACCAACCAACCCACUCAGGCCGAGCCGGCCCUGGCAUCGGACAUCGGGGCGGUCAUGAUGAAUGCAUGA